GAGGAAGAGGAUGGGAGGGCCACGACUGAGUCCGUGGACCAGGCUACUGCUGGCAGCCCUGCUGAGCAUCGACCUCCCUGGGGACACGGCAAACCUCUGCAAGAAGGCUCAGGUGAAGAGCUGCACUGAGUGCAUCCGCGUGGACAAGGACUGUGCCUACUGCAUAGAUGAGAUGUUCAAGGAACGGCGCUGCAACACCCAGGCGGAGCUGCUGGCUGCGGGCUGUCAGCAGAAGAGCAUCGUCGUAAUGCAGAGCAGCUUCCAGAUCACAGAGGAAACCCAGAUCGACACCACCCUGCGCCGCAGCCAGAUGUCCCCACAGGGCCUGCGGGUCCGGCUGCGGCCGGGGGAGGAGCAGCACUUUGAGCUCGAGGUGUUCGAGCCCCUGGAGAGCCCCGUGGACCUGUACAUCCUCAUGGACUUCUCCAACUCCAUGUCGGACGAUCUGGACAACCUCAAGAAGAUGGGGCAGAACCUGGCCCGAGUCCUGAGCCAGCUCACUAGUGACUACACUAUUGGAUUUGGCAAGUUUGUGGACAAGGUCAGCGUUCCUCAGACGGACAUGAGGCCUGAGAAGCUGAAGGAGCCCUGGCCCAACAGUGACCCUCCCUUCUCCUUCAAGAAUGUCAUCAGCCUCACAGAUGAUGUGAACGAGUUCCGCAACAAACUGCAGGGAGAGCGGAUCUCAGGCAACCUGGAUGCUCCUGAAGGCGGCUUUGAUGCCAUCCUGCAGACGGCUGUGUGUACGUCCGCCAUCGGCUGGCGCCCUGACAGCACCCACCUGCUGGUCUUCUCCACUGAGUCAGCCUUCCAUUACGAAGCUGAUGGCGCCAAUGUGCUGGCCGGCAUCAUGAACCGCAACGACGAGAGAUGCCACCUGGAUACCACAGGAACCUACACCCAGUACAGGACACAGGACUACCCGUCGGUGCCCACCCUGGUGCGCCUGCUCGCCAAGCACAACAUUAUCCCCAUCUUCGCGGUUACCAACUACUCCUACAGCUACUACGAGAAGCUUCACACGUAUUUCCCCGUCUCGUCGCUGGGGGUGCUGCAGGAGGACUCGUCCAACAUCGUGGAGCUGCUGGAAGAGGCCUUCAAUCGCAUUCGCUCCAACUUGGACAUCCGGGCCCUGGACAGCCCCCGAGGCCUGCGGACAGAAAUCACCUCCAAGAUGUUCCAAAAGACGAAGACUGGGUCCUUCCACAUCCGACGGGGGGAAGUGGGCACGUACCAGGUACAGCUGCGGGCCAUCGAGGACGUAGACGGGACACAUGUGUGCCAGCUGCCAGAGGCAGAUCAGAAGGGCAGCAUCCACCUGAAACCUUCCUUCUCUGAUGGCCUCAAGAUGGACGUGGGCAUCAUCUGUGAUGUGUGCACCUGCGAGCUGCAAAAAGAGGUGCAGUCAGCUCACUGCAACUUCAAUGGAGACUUCUCCUGUGGACACUGUGUGUGCAGCGAGGGCUGGAGCGGCAAGACCUGCAACUGCUCCACCGGCUCGCUGAGUGACAUGCAGCCCUGCCUGCGGGAGGACGAGGACAAGCCAUGCUCAGGCCACGGGGAGUGCCAGUGCGGGCACUGUGUAUGCUAUGGUGAAGGGCGCUAUGAGGGUCAGUUCUGCGAGUAUGACAACUUCCAGUGUCCCCGCACCUCAGGCUUCCUCUGCAACGACCGAGGACGCUGUUCCUUGGGCCAGUGUGUGUGUGAGCCUGGUUGGACAGGCCCGAGCUGUGACUGUCCACUCAGCAAUGCCACCUGCAUCGACAGCAACGGGGGCGUCUGUAAUGGGCGUGGCCAUUGUGAGUGUGGCCGCUGCCACUGUAACCAGCAGUCGCUGUACACGGACACCGUCUGCGAGAUCAACUACUCAGCGAUCCGUCUGGGCCUCUGUGAAGACCUGCGCUCCUGCGUGCAGUGCCAGGCUUGGGGCACUGGGGAGAAGAAGGGGCACACGUGUGAAGAGUGCAGCUUCAAGGUCAAGAUGGUGGACGAGCUUAAGAAAGGGGAGGAGGUGGUGGAGUACUGCUCCUUCCGGGAUGAGGAUGACGACUGCACCUACAGCUACACCGUGGAGGGCGAUGGCACCCCUGGGCCCAACAGCACCGUCCUGGUGCACAAGAAGAAGGACUGCCCUCCCAGCUCCUUCUGGUGGCUCAUCCCUCUCCUCCUCUUCCUGUUGCCGCUCCUGGCCCUGCUGCUGCUGCUUUGCUGGAAGUACUGUGCCUGCUGCAAGGCCUGCCUGGCACUUCUCCCUUGCUGCAACCGAGGUCACAUGGUGGGCUUUAAGGAAGACCACUACAUGCUUCGGGAAAACCUGAUGGCCUCAGACCACCUGGACACGCCCAUGCUGCGCAGCGGAAACCUCAAGAAGCACGACGUGGUCCGAUGGAAGGUCACCAACAACAUGCAGCGGCCCGGCUUUGCGACCCAUGCAGCCAGCACCAACCCCACAGAGCUGGUACCUUACGGGCUGUCCCUGCGCCUUGCCCGCCUUUGCACCGAGAACCUACUGAAGCCAGACACUCGAGAAUGCGCCCAGCUGCGCCAGAAGGUGGAGGAGAAUCUGAACGAGGUAUAUAGACAGAUCUCAGGUGCACACAAGCUCCAGCAGACCAAGUUCCGGCAGCAGCCCAAUGCCGGGAAAAAGCAAGACCACACCAUUGUGGACACGGUGCUGACAGCACCCCGCUCAGCCAAGCAGGCUCUGCUGAAGCUUACGGAGAAGCAUGUGGAACAGGGGUCUUUCCACGAGCUCAAGGUGUCCCCAGGCUACUACACCCUUACUGCAGACCAGGACGCCCGGGGCAUGGUGGAGUUCCAGGAGGGUGUAGAGCUGGUUGACGUGCGAGUGCCUCUCUUCAUCCGGCCCGAGGACGAUGACGAGAAGCAGCUGCUGGUAGAGGCCAUCGACGUGCCUGUGGGUACCGCCACCCUCGGCCGCCGCCUGGUGAAUAUCACCAUCAUCAAGGAGCAAGCCAGUGGGCUGGUGUCCUUCGAGCAGACCGAGUACCCUGUCGGUCGCGGGGAGCAAGUGGCCCGCAUUCCUGUCACCCGGCGCAUCCUGGAUAACGGCAAGUCCCAGGUCUCUUACCGAACACAGGACGGCACAGCGCAAGGCCACCGGGACUACAUUCCUGUGGAGGGUGAGCUACUGUUCCAGCCAGGGGAGACCUGGAAGGAGCUGCAGGUGAAGCUUCUGGAGCUGCAGGAGGUGGACUCUCUCCUGCGGGGCCGCCAGUCCCGCCGCUUCCACAUCCAACUCAGCAACCCCAAGUUCGGGGCCCGCCUGGGCCAGCCCCACUCAGCCACUGUCAUCAUCGGGGACCCAGAUGAACUGGAUCGGAACUUCAUUGGUCAGACCGCCUCAUCGCCUCCACCUGCCCGCGGCGACCUGGGCGCCCCACAGAACCCCAAUGCCAAGGCCGCUGGGUCCCGCAAGAUCCAUUUCAACUGGCUGCCCCCUCCUGGCAAGCCAAUGGGGUGAAAUACUGGAUCCAGGGUGACUCUGAGUCUGAAGCCCACCUGCUUGACAGCAAGGUGCCCUCCGUGGAGCUCACCAACCUGUACCCAUAUUGUGACUAUGAGAUGAAAGUGUGUGCCUACGGGGCGCAGGGCGAGGGACCCUACAGCUCCCUGGUGUCCUGCCGCACCCACCAAGAAGUGCCCAGCGAGCCGGGGCGUCUCGCCUUCAAUGUCGUCUCCUCCACGGUCACCCAGCUGAGUUGGGCCGAGCCAGCCGAGACCAACGGUGAAAUCACAGCCUAUGAGGUCUGCUACGGCCUGGUCAAUGAGGACAAUCGACCCAUCGGGCCCAUGAAGAAGGUACUGGUCGACAGCCCCAAGAAUCGGAUGCUGCUCAUCGAGAACCUUCGGGAAUCGCAGCCGUACCGCUACACGGUGAAGGCGCGCAACGGGGCGGGCUGGGGGCCUGAGCGGGAGGCCAUCAUCAACCUGGCCACCCAACCCAAGCGGCCCAUGUCCAUCCCCAUCAUCCCUGACAUCCCCAUCGUGGACGCCCAGAGUGGGGAGGACUACGACAGCUUCCUCAUGUACAGCGAUGACGUGCUGCGCUCCCCGGCUGGUAGCCAGAGGCCUAGCGUCUCUGAUGACACUGGUGAGUGGGCCUGGAU